UACCGACCUCUUUUGAGCUAUUGGCUGGAAGGAGUUAAUUAUGCAAGGUAGUGAAUCCCUGUGGGGGAGGCGGGGCCAAAACUGAAAGAACUUCUUUGGCAAGCAGAAUAGAGCUUUUAUUGAGGAUAUUUCUAAGCUGACCAUCAGGGACCAAAUCACUGGAUUGUUUGGGGAAAAAAAAUCUCAGCUAAAUCACGCUUCUUCCCCUCUUUCAUUCCUUCCAUCGUUUCAUUUCAGUGAGGCAGAGUGCAGCUCAUGCAGUGCCCACCAGCAAGUAAAAUGCAAGGAAUCUACAGUAUUCCCCUCUCUCACACUAGAAGCCCAGUUCCCUUCUGAAAGGACAAGUGAGGAGAGUCAGAGACAGAACCAGGGAGCUUUCAGCGGAGGAUUCCAGCUGCUGUGGCUGAGAGGAGGAACGCACGGUCUUGUCCUGUUCUGCUCUGCACUUGUUGCCUGUUGUGUGUGUGCUCCUCCCUCCCUUCUCCAGUGCCUGCUGUCAGCUCCAUCCCUGUGUGGCUGAGGCCAUGGUGCUGGUGCUGCAAGCCCUGCUGUCCUGCUUCUGCACCUUGUUCUCCCUGAAACUGAUGCCCAGGGUGGAAUCUGCCGUGCCCUUAGAGGACUUCUACCCCUUUGGCCGGCACAACGGGGACUCCCAGACCAUCGCUCAGGACGACGGAGGCUCUGGGCUCCAGGAGAUCUCUGUUGCCUUCCCCUUCUUUGGAGAGAAUCACACAGGACUCUAUGUUAACAACAACGGCCUGGUGUCUUUCCUGAGGGAAGUGUCCCAGUUCACGCCAGUGGCUUUUCCAAUCGCUCGGGACAGGAGAGUGGUGGCGCCGUUCUGGGCCGACAUAGACAACCGACGAGCAGGAAGUGUCUUCUACAGGGAGAGCCAGGAUCCUUCAGUUCUCAAGAGGGCCUCGGAUGAUGUGAGGGUGUAUUUCUCAGAGUUCCCCAACUUCAACGCAACAUGGGUCCUCAUCUCCACGUGGCAUCAAGUGACAUACUUUGGAGGGAACUCACAAACGCCGGUCAACACAUUCCAAGUGGUGCUCAUUACAGACGGAGAGCUUUCCUUCACUAUAUUCCAGUACAACAGCAUCACUUGGACAACGGGCAUGCAUGCCAGCAGUGGGGGGAACCACAGUGGGCUGGGGGGGAUUGCAGCACAGGCAGGUUUUAAUGCUGGUGAUGGCAAGCGCUAUUUCAACAUCCCUGGUUCUCGCACUGCUGACGUGGUAAAUGUGGAGGGGACCACGAACGUGGGCUUCCCAGGCAGAUGGGUCUUCCGCAUCGAUGAUGCCAUGGUGGAAGUGGGUAGCUGCAAUAACUCUGCAUCAGUGUGCCCACACCUGCGCCCAUGCCUGAAUGGAGGCCAGUGCAUUGAUGAUUGUAUCAGAGGCAACCCCUCCUAUACCUGCUCCUGCUUGGCUGGCUUCACUGGCCGACGGUGCCAGAUCAAUGUUGAUGAGUGUGCCUCAAAUCCAUGCCAGAAUGGAGGGGCUUGUAAAGACCAGAUUAAUGGGUUUUUCUGCGAGUGUCCUCCUGGAUACACUGGGAUUCGCUGUGAAACAGACAUUGACGAGUGUGAAGACAGCCCGUGCCUUAACAACGCAUCAUGUGUACAAGACACCGGCAGUUUCACCUGCGUGUGUGCGCCGGGUUACACUGGUGCGCUGUGUGAGACAGACAUAAACGAAUGUGAGUCCCAGCCCUGCCUGAACGGAGGAGAAUGCAUCGAUCAGGUAGCCAACUUCACCUGCGUGUGUCCUCCUACCUUCACUGGGAUGUUCUGCGAAACAGAGCUUAUGAUACCACGGCUCAAUUCCUCGGAGGCACGCAACAAAACAGAGAAAUGUCUCUGCAAGAACGGCGGCGUUUGUGUGGACGUGAACGGGACGUCGUGUGAAUGCCCUUCAGGCUACAUGGGACCCCUCUGUCAGUUUGAAGUAACUCAGACACCGUGCAGCAACAGCAGACCGUGUCCUGACGGGAGCCCGUGUCUGGAGUACGGCGGGACCUACCUGUGUACGUGUCAGACUGGAAUACACUUCCAUCACAAGGACUUUUACCCAUAUGUACAGCCCGAAUCGGCCUGCGACUCCUCUCCCUGUCUGAAUGGGGGGUAUUGCUACGAACAAGACGGAGGCUACACCUGCGAAUGCAGAUACGGAUACUGGGGGAAGCACUGUGAAAAAGUUAGACCUAAUACCUGUGCUUCUAGUCCCUGCCGCAACGGAGGCUCUUGUAAGGAAGAGGGAGGGAGCUACAGAUGUGUGUGUCCAUACAGAUUCACAGGAAAACACUGUGAAGUGGGAAAGCCAGACCCUUGCUCCUCCAGUCCCUGUAUGAAUGGCGGGACAUGUUUUCACUACAUAGGGAAGUACAAAUGUGAAUGCACUGAGGCCUUCAGCGGCAGGCACUGCGAAAUCAGCAGCAGCGCAGCACAUACCUCUCCAGAACUGGGCUGUGGGCCGCCCCCGCAAGUCAAGCACGCGGAGGUCCAGUUUUCCUCAACAACACCGGGCUCCGUGGCUCUGUAUAUAUGUCACCCGGGCUUCGCGUCCGUGCCCAGAGCCACUCAGAGCAUUUGUGGCAUUCAGGGAGACUGGAGCCAGCCGCCCGUUUGUGAGGAGGUCAAUGAAUGCUUAUCACAGCCUUGUCUUAAUGGCGGUACUUGUCGAAACAAGAUUGGAUCCUAUCAGUGUGUGUGCAAGGAUGGCUUCAGUGGGAACCGUUGUCAGAUUGAGCAGGAAGGGUGUGAGUCCAGUCCUUGUCUAAAUGGAGGUGUUUGUCGGGGUUACAGACGGAAUUAUGUCUGCUUGUGUAAAGAUGGAUUCUUUGGGGAGCAGUGCCAGAUGUUGGAGGACCCGUGCAUACUGAAGCCCUGUGGAAAUCGUGGCCACUGCUGGAGUGACAGAAAAGGAAACUACAACUGUGUCUGCAAAGUAGGGCUCACAGGCAAAGACUGCGAGAGAGACCUGCUGCCUCCCCCUGGUCUCCAUGUGCUGCGUGUGGAGGAGAGCGAAGUGGAGCUGCGUUGGGAUGACCCCGAGCCUUCAACCAGCCUGGUCAGCAUGUUUGCUGUAACCUACGCUCCGCUGGGCCACAACGACACAAAAACAGACUACCUGGACCGACAGCAGUCGUCCCACGUCAUGCGAGGCCUGCAACCCGGCCGGCUCUACAACAUCUCCACUGUUUCAGUCAAGCUCAAAACCAGCGGCAACGACACCAGCCAGCCCGCCACUGCACUUAUUCGCACAAGACCUGAGCGGGCGGAGCAGCUGACGCUAGUCAACGUGUCCUCCACUCAGGUGUGGCUGAGUUGGCUGAUCCAGGCUGCUCAUCAUGACACCGUUAGCAGAGUGCACGUGUCAUUAUUGCCCUCGGAGAAGAGUGAGGCUCGUACUGCUGUGCUCAACACCAGCACCACUGAGUACAGCUUCAGUUCAUUACUACCUGCUCAGGUGUACACCGUGGAUGUACUAACUCAAAGUGGAAUGAAACCUGAUGAGUUUCCCUCCACCAGCCACUCAGCAGGCCCUCUCCAAUUCUGGACAAGACCUCUUCCCCCACAGAACCUCUCGCUGUCACAAGUGACCUCAAACUCAGCGCUGAUCACCUGGAGCCGCAGCCCACGCAGCAUCCCAGACGGCUUUGUGAUCAAUGUGACCCGAGGUCUUAAUACCAGGAGUCGCUUCCUGCCCAAUGGAAAAUUAGGAUCUUAUACCCUCCGGGAACUGAGUCCGGGACAGGACUACAAUGUAGCGCUCACAUCCGUCAAAAACACGGAGCAGGAGCAGAUCCACAGUGAGCCGCAGCACCUCGCAUUCACCACUUUGCCAAUGCAGGUCAGGCCGGGGAGGAGAGAGAGGCCAGCGGUGACGGGACAGAGUAGACGGAAGCUUCCCCCAUCGCAGCCUCAAGACUUUGGAGACACAACAAGAGCAGGGAACUCAGAGGAAGUACUCAGAUACAAAGAACUCAUUGACAGAAGGGUAAAGAUAACAGCAAAGUUCGCUCACUUGCCUCGCAAAGCCAUUCGACAUCGUACCAAACCCGAUCCACCAAUCAGAUUAGAGAAGAUGGAAGAAACAACCAAUAAAAUUAGCCUUGCACUGGAGAUUCAAGAAGGUUUAAGAACAAAGCCUGAGUUCCUGCAGGACUGCCGCAAUCUGUCCUGCCAGAACGGAGGGACUUGUGUGAAUGAAGACGGCGCCUUCGUCUGCAGCUGCGCAGCAGGGUUCAAGGGCACGCAGUGCGAACUGUUGUGCCAGCGAGUGGCACAUCCGUGCACUCGUCUCUACUCUGAAACCAAGAGCGUGCCCGUGUGGGAGGAUGGAGUGUGCCACUACCUGUUCAAAAGGACAUAUAAAGUACAGCAAGAUGUAUGUUAUCGAGAGAUUUGUGAACCGGCACUUCCCAAGAGAAGUCAGACCAGAAGAACAAACAGACAACAAUGAAGAGCACCUGGAUACUGGUGAAAGGACUGUCAUCACUGUCAUGUGAAAAACCUCCUAACUUCAAUCUUGGUGUAUAUAAUCUACUUGAAUUAUGUGAUUAUGAUAAUUUUUGUGCUGAGAAACCCUGUCAGAACCCACUGUAACAUUUCAGGCACACACGCUUUUCCAAGUGAAAAGGGCUGCGCGCUCCGUCCUGGAAAGCUGUGUUUGUAGCUCAGUGCUUCACAAAAGGAAUCAAAGAAAGUGACCCACAUCAUUCAGCUUGUUAGCUGGCUGAUUUUUCACUCAAACAACAUGCAAUAUGCAAACAUUAACUGUAAGCGGCAUAAGAGACCUUAAAUACCUCAUUUCUAUGUCCAUGCUGACACAUUAGGAGAGAAUUAUAUUUGUGGUUCAGCUGCAGGUUUGCCCCUCAGGGAAAUAACUGUAUAUUAUUCAGAGUCCCAAUCAUUUCCUUAUACUACUUCCAUGAUCUCCUGAUGAAGUCAACAGGAAAUUUAUAUUUUCACUACACCACAUAAAUUGAUCCCUUCCUCUGAUAAUAGUGCACGGUAUUUUCUGUGUAAAACAUCUUACUCUCUGUCUUAGCAGGCAUCACUGCUCGCUACACUGUAAAUAGUGUUUAUAGGCCAUUUUGU